AUGCGGCGGCUUAUAUUCUUCCUCCUCCUGCUCUUGCAAGCGAGAGGAGCGGAGGAUAGGACCGACUCGCAGGACGUGGCUGUGACCAUUACAAGACCCGAGGACGGGGAGCGCGUGCGGGGAGACGUCGUUCCACUGGAAGUCUCUGCCAUGAGCAGCAGGAGAGGAUCGAGAGUCAUUCUGUACAUGGAUGGCCGUGAGGUGUACCGAACGGAGGAGCGGGCGGUCAGCUUGCAGAUGUCGCAGCUACAAGUAGGGUAUCAUGUGAUGGAGGUACAACUGACGGAGGAGGACGAGGCGGUUGCGUAUGAUAGUGUGGGUCGGACUGCUCAGGAAUUCUUCUAUGUUGGCGAUGGGAUGCUGGCGCCGGAUCUGGAUGAUACCGAGCAUGUCAACAUCUUGUCUAACGUGACAACAAUCGAUGACAUGGAACGAGUUGCAAUUCAACAUUACGAGAGAGGCCAGCUGGACUUGUCAGGUCGUGAGAUGUCAGAACAAAGUUAUGUUCGACUGAUAUCUGCUAUGUCCAACGCUCCCGGAGCAACCAUGCCACGGCUUUUAGCAUCACUUGGGAGAGUUUUGAUGGCCAAGAAGGACUAUAUAGGAGCGCUACAAGCCUACAGAGGAGACGAAGUCAGGCUGUUCGAGAUGCACGACAAGACUUCUAAGAGGCUAGAGGCAAGAGCAGCAUGUCCAGUGAAAGCCAUCGGAACGCCCCAUGCCCCACAACUGUUGAAAGUUGGGAUCCUGACAGUCGCAUCCGGAAGAUAUGCGUCGUUUGUUCGGUCAACAGUCAGCUCGGCUGAAUCUUACUUGCUGCGGAUUUAUGGCCUGCUCUCAGAUCUGUGCAUGGGAAGGGAAGGGAAGGGAUUGAUGCUGAAAGGACCAUGGGAGGACGGGAGGGUCCACGCUGUCUACAGGAAGCAUGACGGGUGGCCAUCAGCAUCGAUGAAACGCGCCCAUUCCUACCUAGAGCACGCGGAGCUAUGGGGAGCUAUGGACUAUGUGUUUGCUGUCGAUGUCGGUGAAACUGUUGGAACUUUGCAUGCCGACAACGCAUUCUAUGACGGCAGUGAGGUUGUUGGACGCUUCCAAAAGGCAUGGUCAGUCAAUGCCGAGCCAGGAACCAUGUGGCGACAGCAUCAUGGCAACGCGGCGCUGGUCACUCGAGCCGUGUACGAGAAGCGGGAGGAGUCCACAGCUGGAAUGCGAGCUGGGGAAGGCAGGCAUUACUUUGCAGGAGGUUUCUAUGGGGGAAGGAGCCAGAAGGUGCUUGAGAUGCUCAAAGAACUUGUCAAGAGGACGAACCAGUGA